AUGUCAUUGAACGGAAAAGCUCUCAUCACCGGUGGUCUGAAGAAUCUAGGAGCUGAGACGGCCAAGGAACUUGCUGCGCAGGGGGCCAACCUGGCACUCCACUCUAAUUCUACCAGCAGUAAAGCUAAUGCGGUAGAACUGGAAGCCGAGCUGAAGCAAAAAUUUCCGACUCUGAAGGUCGCAUUUUGUCAAGGCGACUUAACUUCUGCUGCCGCUGUGGAGAAGCUGUUUGAUUCUGUGCUUACAGAGUUUGGCAAGAUUGAUAUUGUGGUGAACUCUGUCGGAAAGGUCUUGAAGAAGCCUAUCACGGAAAUAUCGGAAGAAGAAUAUGAUUCCAUGUUUGCUAUCAAUUCAAAAGUGGCCUUCUUCAUUCUAAAGGCGGCGGCGCAGCACAUUUCUGAUGAUGGCAAAAUAAUCACCAUUGUCACUGCCCUUCUCGGUGCCUUUACUGGAUUUUACACUUCCUAUGCUGGAUCAAAGGCCCCAGUUGAGCAUUUCACGCGUGGCGAUUGCAAGGAGCUGCAGUCACGGCGUGUAAGCGUGAACAAUGUGGCCCCAGGUCCCAUGGAUACUCCUUUCUUUUACCCCCAAGAAUCACCCGAAGCUGUCGAAUAUCACAAGAGUAAUGGCAUGGGUAAUCGCCUGACCAUGGUGCAGGAUAUUGCACCAUUAAUUCGAUUUCUGUGCACAGACGGUGCAUGGAUCACUGGUCAGACCAUAUUUGCCAAUGGAGGAUAUACAACCCAUUAA